UGACACCUCAACCUCAUCACUGGGGAAGCUGCGUUUGUACCUCCCGUCGGACCACGUCCUCACGGCAUCUGCCUACCAAAGUUCCACUUCUUUUCCUCGGCAUCUAGACUGAGUGUACCUAGCACCUUCUCAACUGCUUCUUCUCAACGCCCAACUCUAUCGACCGUCCGGAAUUUCCCCCCUCCAUCAGUUGCUGAUUACACUUCGUUCUUGCCAAUAGCCCGCCAGUCAAUUACCAACAUGGGUGACGACUCGGACAUCCUCGAAGUUUCCCCUGUGGGAGACAUCAUCUUGGUCGUCGGCCCUCCUGAGGAGGAGCAAGUGCGUCUUAGGGUUUCGUCCACAAUCCUUAGAUCGGCCUCCAAAGUAUUCGACGCCAUGUUUUCGCCGCCUUGGGUCGAAAGCUCCCGCACGCUUUCGCUCGAAGCUCCCAAGGACGUUGAACUUCCUGAAGACGACUCCGAGGCAAUGAAAGCAAUCUGUUACGCCAUCCACCACCGUCCUGACAUGAUACCCUUUGUUGAUGUGAACGGAAAGCAAAUUCUACAGGCUGCCCGUACCAUUGACAAAUACGAUCUGGGUACGGCAACGCAACUGCUUACCGACAAGUGGCUCCGUCCACAGCUGCAGGGAAAAAGCGUCGAGGACCUGCUGUAUAUGGCCGCAGCAGCCACGGUGGUGGAAAACUACGAGGCUUUUUCCAAGCUCACCUGGCUAGUCAUGAUCACCCACGAGGGCAGCUAUCGCCGCUUCCAAAACGAUGAACAACUUAGUGAGCUGUUGCCUCGAGUAACAUUCGUACUACUCGCGGAGCGAACCUUCUUGAUCCGUGAGCAAAUUUUCAAGGCCUUGCAUGGAGCAGGACCAGAGCAAACUUGCCAAUGCGUUCAAACCGUUAAGAAUGAAAUAGAGUCGGUAAGAGACGGCUUCGGUGCCGGUAAUACUAUCUCGAUCCUGAAAGCAUUGAGGGGCAUGGUUAAGGUUGCCAAUGCGCAAGAUGCUCUCGAGGAGAUUUCCUGCUCAGCUAACAGACGGCACUGGUGUCGCGAACUUCGGUUUCCGGACUGGACCGAGAGCGAAACCAGUCUCUGCCUUCGAUGCCUACAGAACGACCCAAACAUGGAGAAGGCAUGCGAGCAUAAGAAGGAACUUUCCUAUAAUGAUCGCUAUAGGGAAAAACGUGAGCUAAAUACAUUAUAUCUGUAUUGACAUCAACGGUGGACGGGAUGUCGGUUUCCCUUCAGAUAAAGAGCACUUGGAUGUAACUCGGAAGGAUUGGUAGCCUUGGAGAUGACAGAUAUAUGUAAGGGAGAACCUGCGCGCAUCCUAUGAUUUCCUACACGUACCCUACAGAAUUUGCAAUCUUUCAUAUUUCUUUCA